AAUACCAUAGCUGCCACCACCGGAAACGGCGAAGAAGAAAAAAAGCGACGCAACAUAAACACAUUAUAGCAAGCAUGGCGGCUGACAUGAGAUUACCAGCUUUUAGAAAAACGGUAUCUUUAUGCGUUUCUAGCGGCGAGAGGAGCGAUUUAGUCGUGCCUGGUGAUGUGAUAACUUCAGACUCUGGUUUUAUGCGGGGUCAUGGCACUUAUGUCGACGAGGAGAAACUGACAGCUUCUGUGGCUGGGGAGGUGCAGCGAGUGGACAAGCUCAUCUGUGUGAAGCCGCUCAAGACCAGGUUUAACGGUGAGGUUGGUGACGUGGUGGUUGGUAGAAUUACAGAGGUACAACAGAAGCGAUGGAAGGUGGAGACAAACUCCCGAUUGGACUCGGUCCUCUUAUUGUCCUCUGUCAACCUGCCCGGGGGGGAGCUGAGGAGAAGAUCAGCGGAAGACGAGCUCACCAUGAGGGAGUAUCUCCAAGAGGGUGACCUCAUCAGUGCGGAGGUGCAGUCCGUCUUCUCCGAUGGAGCGUUGUCGCUUCACACCCGCAGCUUGAAGUACGGCAAACUGGGUCAGGGCGUCCUGGUCCAGCUUUCUCCGUCCCUCAUCAAGCGUCAGAAGACACAUUUCCACAACCUCCCGUGCGGCGCCUCCAUCAUCCUGGGCAAUAACGGCUUUGUGUGGCUUUACCCCACGCCGGGACAGCAGGAAGAGGAGGCCGGGGGCUUCUACACCAGCAUCGAGCCUGUCACUUUGUCUGACCGGGAGGUGAUCUCGCGCUUGAGGAACUGCCUGCUGGCCUUGGCUGCACACAAGGUCCUCCUGUUCGACACCAGCGUUCUCUACUGCUAUGAAUCCUCGCUUCAACAUCAGGUGAAGGACAUCUUGAAACCGGAAGUGAUGGAGGAGAUCGUGAUGCUGACACAGCAUAAGCUGAUUGCGCAAGAAGGUUAAAGACAGUUUUAUCAACACCAGCGGCGAGUCAUACGCUGACCAAAUACAACACACCGGACCAGUUCCUCUUUUUUUGUGUAUGCUUCCUGCUUUUACAUAGUUGUGCCGAUGAAGAUCAAGAAGUGUAACCUUUUCUCAUUGUAUGCCUUUU